UUUCAAAAGAGACAAGUGGUAAACUAAGUUAUAAUAGUUAUUGUGAUUAUAUGGAUCUAUAUGAGAAGGAUAGCAAUAUGACAACAAUUCCUGUAAUUGAUUUCCAGCUGUAUGCUGUGGGAAAGGAAGGUCAUGUUGAAUUGGACAAACUUGGCUCAGAAAUGUGUCAAGCAUUGGAGGGAAUAGGAUUCUGCUAUCUGAAAAAUCAUGGCAUCCCUGAGGAAACUAUAAAUGAAGCAUUCAGCUCAUCAAAAGACUUCUUUUUGCAGCCUGUGAAAGAAAAGGAAAAGUUUGCAAGAUCACAUAACUAUAAUUUUGGUUGGGUUGGACUAGAAGUUGAAAAAUUAAACCCAGAGAGACCCGUGGGAGACUAUAAAGAGGCUUGGAAUAUGACCCCAGAGGACCAUCUAUUAGAAUGGCCUUCUGAAAAAGUUCCUAACUUUAAACCAUCUAUGCAGAAAUUAUUUGAGAUGUGUACAGAUCUGUCAAAGAGAAUAUUUGAUGUUGUUUCAGUUGGUCUAAAACUAGAUGAACAGAAAUUUCUUCAGAACUGCCACAAAUAUAUUGGAAGCACAGAAAACAAGACUUCUCUGAGGUCAUUAUUUUAUCCUGCUCUUCAAGAAGUGAUUAAAGAAGGACAAGUUAGAUGUGGUGAACAUUCUGAUUAUGGCAGUUUGACCUUGUUAUUCCAAGAUCAGAUUGGUGGGCUAGAGGUUAGGAACUGUGAAGACCAAUAUGUACAUGCCACACCGAUACCAGGCACUGUUGUUGUCAAUAUUGGUGAUCUGAUGCAAAGAUGGACAGCUGAUAAAUUGAAGGCUACUAAACAUAGAGUUCUAAAUCCAAGUAAUGAACAACAGAGGAGGCAGAAUAGACAAUCAAUGGCAUUUUUUGUUCAGCCAGAUGAUAAGUUAAUUAUUGAAUGUCUGGAUAAAUCUAAUAAAUAUGAACCAAUCAGUAGCAUUGACUACUUAAAUUCAAGAUUUAAAGUAACAUACUGAAAUGUACCAUAAUCCAUUAUCCAUAUUAUUUAUGUGAUUUAUUCUUAUAUUCAAACAUUUAUUUUAAUUUGUAACAUAUAUAUAUAUCUACAUCACUAGCCUGUCAACACUGAUGUUGUGAGUUGGAAACCCAGCACAUAGUAGGUGCGUUUGACUCUGAUCUUAAUUGACUAGGAUUACCAGUUAUCCAGUCGAGGGUCAUGGUUCUCUCCGUGAACUCCGGCUUCCUCCACUAAUAAAAAGUCACCACAUAGCCAAGAUUGCUAAAAGAAAAAAAAAAUACUAUUACAAUGUGAAAAAUAGACAAACUACUGAGCAUAUCUAUACCUCUACUCUAAGAAUGGGGAUCAUAUUGAAAUCAUCUUUAUCUGUCCAUCUAGCUUUCAUCCAUCCAUUUGUCCAUCAAAUAUAUUUCUCACACUUUUUCUUCAGUUGAAACCUUAAAAAAUGACUUCCAAUUUGUUUCACCAGCUUGACAGUGACUUGUUGUACUAACAUUUGAACAGCUUUUAGAUAUAGGUCCGACAUCUACUUCUUAUUUGCCAUAUACUUUGAAUUUUUCAACAUUUUGAAGGAAUUUAAUAUUUUUCAUCACCCAUUUCUCAAGUACUAAUGAACGGAUUAUAACUUCAUAUUUAGUCAGUUGGUUGACAGUGAUGAGUUGUAACAUGUGAGCACUUUUCUGGGUCUCCAAAAAUCUUCUUCCUAUUUGCAAUCAUUUGAUUUUUUCUGUAUGUUUAAUGAACUUAAUAUUUUCAUCAAACCUUUCUCCUCCACUACAGAAUGAGUUCUUAUCUGGUUUGCAGCUUGACAUUGAAAGAUACCAAACGGAUACUUUAAAGUCAUAAGUCGAAAAAGAUUUGAAAAUAACAUGGCAAAAAACGAAAAACGACAAAAAGACCAACAGUCUACAAAACACAGGUAAUAAGCAUAUCCUGCUCCAUAUGUGGCGCCUGUGAUGUUGUUCGUGUAGGUACACAUUUGAUGAUAAAGCUUUUUCGGUAGGUCACAAUUGAGGAAAAGAGGACAGGGUUGUGCUUACAACAAUUGAAAUAUAUCUGUCGUCAUCUAUGAAACAUUCCAUAACGGUAAACCAAGUUGUGAUGGCAUCCAUAAAUUAAGUUUUUGAAGGGAUGAUUUCAACUUUACUACAAGGAAUUCUAGUUUAAAAGCUUCUUUAAAAGCAGCAACUCUAUAUCAAAGAAAAUCAUGAUAGGAAAUGCAAGCUCUGGAAUAUUGUAUCAACUGGGAGAUACAUACUUCAUAUGUAAGUCCUGCUGAAAUGUUGCUAUAUAAAAAUGAAUAGUUCACAAAUGAGAUGCUGAAAUCCUCUGUUUUGUCGUAAAGUUUUGUUCUCCACCGACCCUUAUUGUCAAUUUCUAGAAGUAAGUCAAGAUAUGAGGCAGACUUAACUGUAUCUGGUGUAUCCUUUAUUUCAAGUUGAACUGGAUAGAUGUGUUCAACAUAGUCGCUGACUUUGAACUUUUAGUGAGAGAACAUCAUCUAGGUAUAGCGGAACAUGAAGGUAUAUGUGUAAUUAAAUGCUAGCUUCUUUUCAUUCUUCAUAAGAACUUAUGAAUUCAGCCUCAUAUGAAUAAAGGAAUAAGUGGUGAAGAUGAGGAUCACAGUUAGUUCCGUGCCUACAGGAAAACUGAUUGUUAAUUGAAAUAACAAGUCCUUCAAACUUGGCAUUUAUGUUGUCGAUCCAGAAACCAAGCAUCUUGAUAAUGUCAGUUUCAGAGAAUUUAUUUUUUGAAUUAAAGUGGAUAUUUAAAAAAUACGAUGUAUCCCUCCCUAAAACAAGAUGCUUGCUUCUAUGUCAGCUAUUCCUUGUUAUUGAAAAAAGCAGGAUUUUCAAUUUUAUUUUUAGUUUGAAAUAGGGAAAACUUCUGUGAAGAGUAAAAUAAUCCAAAGUUAAAUGUUAAAACAAAAUUGCAAGAGGAUAGAGACUUAGACUGUAUGUACUCUACAUGAAUAACUGUAAGGGAAGAGUUUAAUAGUACAUGUACAUGUAGUAUAUAAUCCUGUAUCUUAUUUUGACUAAGUCAAACAUUAAUAACUGUCUGAUCACAUGGUCAUAUUGUCAGCAACUGUGUUAUUAUUACUUUUAUGUUAUAAACAUAUGGACAUCUAUGCAUGCAUGGUAUAUGCACUCACUGUUGUAAUCAUUUCAUUAUAAAAAGUCACAUUACAAAACAUAUUGUCGAGUAAAUUGAUUAAGGGUCUCAUUGUAUUAUUUCGUAUCUUUUUGCACUGUACUAAUAUCAAGUCAAUAUACUUCUAUUACAAGUGUU